AUGGUUCUGCCUGCCACAGCGCUACGGGUGAAACCCACCAUCACCGCUCUUACCUUCGACGUGGGCAAAGAGGAGGUGUGCCUGUAUUCGAUUGGCAAGGACUUCUACGAGGGUGUGGCCAUGCACUACCACGUCAUGGCGGGGGAGAACGACUUUGACGUGUUCAUUCGCGACGUGGACGGACAUGUGAUCUACGCCUCCUACGCUGGCGAGCAUGGCGCUGAGGAUCGUGUGUACUUCACGACCCAUGCCAAUAAGGAGCAUGCAUACUGCAUCGACAACCGUGACUACUCAGGUGAGCCGAAGAUGAUCAAGAUGGAAGUUGGACUGACCUCUCUCAAGCGCUGGAAAAACCGCAUAGACCCGCUGCGCAAGAUCAUGACGCGCGCCGAUGGGUUCGUGAUGGGCAUGCACGAUGACCAGAUUCUGCUUAGAAUGAAAGAGCAAGGCAUCCGGGAGUGGGUAGAGAAGAUCUUCACCAUGCUGACGGUGCGCUUAGUGACCGAGGCUUUCGUCGUGACGCUCAUUGCGUUGCUUAAUGCUCUCAGCAUCACGUACUUGUUUCGCCGGGCGUCCCUACAGGGGUCGCUUACGGGAAGGCCGGUGAGGAAGUGA